GCACAUAGAACGGACACCGCGCUGCUUCGCGCAGUCUAUUGUCAAAAUGGCCACCGAAACACCUGAUACGAAGAAUCUUAAGUCAUGGAAGGAGGCUUUUCAAUAUCCAAUUCCCACCGUGCGGAAGGUCGAGCAGGAGUUGAGGCGGGAUAUUGCAAGUAAUAGAGAGAAGUUGCGGUCUUUGGUUGGGACACGAUAUCGUGAAUUUCUAGGGACCGCUGAGACGAUCAUUGAAAUGAAUGUGGAGAGCGCCGAAAUCGAGUCCAGACUGACCAGUAUCGGAAUCCGCUGCAAUACAAGCCUGAUUGGCAAGAAGUCGGUCAAUCUGACGGAUAUAAAUCGAGAUUCGACGGGUAGAACAGAAGAAGACAAGGCUUUGGCCGGGCAACUCGCGCUCCUUCAUCGCUGCACCACCGUGACAGGACGGUUGUUACGCAAACACGAUUCGCCUCUGUUGGCCUCGAAGUUGAUGGUGAUUUCGAGAUUACUUUACAAGACCCUUUCUCAAACCACAAAUGCCCCGCCAUUUCUUGAGUCGUUACGCUUGCAGCUGAGCUAUGUCCAGAAACUGAUACGCCGAAGGAUUGAGCGAAGACUAGGAUCUUCCAAGUCGAGUGUUGAAGACAUUAUUGAUUCAAUGGCAGCUUUUUGUCUGUCGAACAGUGCAUCGUCGUUGGACAGCAUUACACAUUUUCAUAACAUUCGGCUUAAUUGUAUUGCGAAACGGCUUGAUCGCGGCGAGAAUGGAAGCGACUGUAUCCCAAAAGCAUUGAGUCUAUACAUACAAACACUCCAGCAUACAAAGGCUCUCUUCUCCCGACGCUUAUCUGAUGCGCUGGGCAAGCUACAAGCCCGACCUCUGCUGAACGACCAUGAUGUUCAAAAACUCGAUGAUAUUGACCUGGACAUUCUCGGACGAUGGGUAGUGCCGGACGUCAAGAAUUUCACGCCCUGGAUCAAGUCAGACCCCAUGACGAAGCAAUCAGCAGAACAAACCCUAAAAAAUUGGUCUAAAAAGGCUUUUCAGACUUUUCUAGAGCGCGCAGCAACGACUCUCAAAGAUCACGUGGACUUUUCAGGGGUUCUUGCAUUGCGAAAGAAAACCUUGGAUAUCUGGCUUGCUGCCGUUCCAACAACACUCACGCAUUCGUCAACCAGUGUGCUGGAAGGUCUUCGAGACCUUUUCAAUACCCAAUUGAAAAACAUUAUACUCCGUGAAGCUCAAGAAUUGUUAUUUGUUGGUGAUGCCAUCAAGUCUCAUCUUAAAGAAUGGGAGAAGACAGAAGGAAGUGCAACUCGGUCGUUAUGGGAUCCUGAUCUAUUAUCAUUGGAAAUCUCUGAUGGCGCUUCCGCCUUAAAGAAAGUUAUCACAGAGACAUUGCUGGGCCAGGAUACAAAAAUAGCGAAUGUGCUGGAACGCUACCGUUCCUGGCUCGCGACCAUUGAGACUUCACGACAGUUGAUCGAGGAGCUGCAAAAUACGAAAUGGGAAGAUACCCUUGACGAGGACGAGGACGAAGAGUUUCAGAUCAGUACUGUGGAUCUGCUCACCAAAGAUGAUCCUCACUUCCUACGCGAAGAACAGACCAAAGCAGUCAGACAAGCCUUGCUCAACUUGCAGGAAUCCUUUGGCGAUGCAAUUAAAGCUUUUGAAGACUCCAAAAAUAGUGACAAGACUGCGUUUGUUCUACGUCUUAUUCGUGAUCUUAGGCGAGAAAGCCCUUCAAACAUCUUACAAGAUGAUGAGAUGGAUUUUGCCCAAGAUAUUAUACCGAAGUUGCACGAACUCUUGGCAGAGGAGGUCCUCUCCAAAGUAACGGCGUCAAAGAUCCUCCCGCCCUCCAAGGGCAACAUUACACGGAUCCCUGGACGUUCUCUUUGGGAGAAGGGUCCGGAAUUACCCAUCCAGCCUUUACCAUCAACAUUCAAGUACUUCAAACGUCUCGCAGAAGCCAUGGAGGAUAUAGGUCCAGACCUAUGGAAUCCUUCUGCCGUUAGCGUCCUGGCAACAAGACUACACGAGACAGUGAUUGACCCAUUCAAUGCAAAGCUGGAGCAGCUCAAACAAUCUUCAAAUAACACCGGAGAGAAAAGGGAUGCUGAAGAGGCGGAGACAACUGCCGAACAAGAAUCGUCUGCCACUGAAACGAACAGCUCUAACACGGUAGACAUGAUACGAGACUGGAAAAUCCAAUUACUGCUUGACGCAUUCUACAUUAGAGACGCCCUGUCCGUCCGGGCUGACAAUACAAAUGCUCUAGACGAAUUAAUUGAAGCUCUGCAGGGUGAAAUCGAUGAAGGGGGCAAAAUUGCUGGUACACUACAGGAAUCUGCACACGACUUCUGGAAUCGAACACAGUUGCUCUUUGGGCUAUUAGCAAACUAGGAAUAUUCUCUGUACCUUGAGAACGGUGACCGCUGACUAUAUACGUAUAAUUAAUUGCAU